AUGGAUAUAGAAGACCUAAAGGAGUAUGGUAAGGCAAACGGAAAGAUGUUUAGCAGUGAAAUGAGAGCAGCAUUUAAGAGGGUCCUUGAGCAAAAGAAACAACAACAACAACCACAACCACAACCACAACCACAACCCAAGAGAAAAAAGAGGAGGGCCGCGUUGAGUCCAAUAUUGGGUGCAGUGUUGAAGUUCCACAAGGACGAUGGACGAUGA